UGGUCUGGAAUGGACAGUUAAAAUGGUUCAAUUUUUUGUGGAAUCUUAUAAGAAACUAGAAGAAAGCAAUAAAGGAAAAUUUAUAAAAAUAAGAGCUUACGGUAAAAUUUCUACAAUGUUCAAGGAUAAGUUCGACAUUAAUAUAACAGCGCAACAAUUAGAAUCAAAAAUGAAAGGUCUGCAAAACACGUAUAAAAAUAAAAUGGAUGCAAAGAACAAAACCGGCAUGGGAAGAGUAGAUUGGGAACAUUUUGAAGUCAUGAACGAAUUCAUGUUUCAAAAACCGCAAAUAACACCAGUAUCAACUUCGUCGAGUUUGAAUGGUUUUAAGUGUAAAAAUUCAUCAUCGUCAUCGGACGAAGAUAUUUCAACAAAAAAAGAAAAGCCUAAGGACAAGAAGACCAAGCGAGUAAAAAAACAAAGACAAAGAUCUCCUCCUCAACAAAGGUUUGUAAAUGCGUAUGAGGAUGGUUUGGAAAGGCGAGACGCUUUUCAAGAUAGAUUCUUAAAAUCUUUCGACAGAUAUGUCGACAUUGUUGAUAAAAAAUUGAAUGAAAAAAAGUAAGAUGUGCUAUUUAAUACUUUUAUGUUUAAUGUUUGUGUUUGCCAUCGUUGGCCAUAAAUUUUAUCAACUCUU